AUGCUUAGCAGAACAGUUUUCAUAAGUAGACUAGCCUUUCCAUCUACUAGUAGCUCGUCUUUUCUUCAUUGCUCAAAGCUGAACUAUGGCCUACCCAAGGUAAAACCACAUUAUGAUGAAAUGCCGGAGCAGAGUUCAGUGUCAGAGCCAACUGUUGCAACUCCGAUAUUGGACUUGAAUAAAAGAAAGCCUAGAAAAAAGGAAGUCAAUCUCAUAGUCGGAGACUCACACUUGAGGGAAUGGACGAAAAUGGAGCCGAAAGGAUUAAUAUCAGCAUAUUUGCAGUUAUCAAAAUCCAAACUGACUAUGCUCAUUACAUCGACAGCUCUUGCGGGAUGUUUCAUGACACCUGUAUCCAUUUCUAUGACUUCACUUGCUGCUUGUACUGCUGGAACAGCGUUAUUAUCAUCGGCUGCUAAUGCUUGUAAUCAACUGCUAGAAGCUCCUUAUGAUGCUCAAAUGCGUAGAACACAAAGCAGAGUUUUAGUUGUGCAUAGAUUUUCUCCUCUGCAUGCCUUAUCCUUCGCGGGGGUAUGCUCAGUUGCUGGAUACGGGAUGCUACAUGUUUUCUGCAACCCGUUGACGGCUGCUUUAGGAGCUUUAAAUUUAUUCCUAUAUGCUGGAGUUUAUACCCCAUCUAAAAGAAUGCAUAUAGGGUGUACAUGGGCAGGUGCAGUGGUUGGAGCCAUACCUCCAAUGAUGGGAUACGCAGCAGCAGCUGGAACUCUCGAUCUUGGGGCUGCUUGUUUAGCCCUAAUUCUGUAUUCCUGGCAGUUUCCCCAUUUCAACGGAUUGAGUUGGAAUUUGAGAGGAGAUUAUAGCAAAGCUGGUUAUCGAGUUAUGUGUGUCACUGAUGAGAAGUUAUGCCGUGUUACUUCUCUCCGCCACUCAGUAGCCUUAGUUGGGCUAUGCUCUGUGAUUGCUCCACUCACAGAUUUAACUACAAUAACUUUCGCUCUUGAUUCCAUACCUUUGAAUGCAGCUCUUUGUUAUCUUUCGUAUAAAUUCUAUAAAGCUCCCGAUGCUCAAAAUUCUCGAAAGCUCUUUUUCUUCAGUUUAUUAUACUUACCGUUACUAAUGAUCUUGAUGGUAGUGAGCAAUACUGGUAGAAAUGAAGAACAAAAGAAGCCAAUCGCAGAAAAAUUACAGAAUUUAACGAAGUAUUUAGAGUUUUAA